GUGCGUCACUCUCUAGGGGAGUCUUGCCUGGGCAAUAUGGUUCGGAAGCGCGCGGCCGGUAGGGAGCCGCAAGGACGCGAACCCUGCGGCCGGAAGGCCAAGGGCGAGAGCAUGGCCGGGCGUGAGAAGAAGGAGGCGGAUGUCUUGGAAGACGAGAAACCGUUAAAGACAAGCCUUCUCUCCAAAGUCUCACAAGGAAAGAGGAAGAGAGGCUGCAGUGAUCCUGGGGGCCCUGCCCAUGGUCCAGCCAAAAAGAAGGUGGCCAAGGUGACUGUUAAAUCUGAAAACCCCACAGUUGUGAAGGAUGAAGCCCUCAGCGAUGGGGAGGAGUUCAGGGACUUCACAAAAGGCAGCAAGAAGGCACAGCCCCCACGGAGAGAAGCUGCUGUGGACAAAGGCAGCUGUGAAGGAGACAAUGAGGAAGAAAGCGAAGAUGAUUGGGAAGAAGUCGAAGAACUUGGUGAGCCUGUGCCAGGUGACAUGGGAGAAAAAACAGCUUUCUUUGAAUCUGUCCUGCCUGUGGAACCAGUGGAGAUAGAGAUCGAAACACCCCAACAGGCUAAAGCAAGAGAAAGAAGUGAAAGGAUAAAAGUGGAGUUUGAGACCUAUCUUCGGAGGAUGAUGAAACGUUUCAGUAAAGAAGUCCAUGAGGACACGCACAAGGUUCACCUGCUAUGCUUGCUGGCAAAUGGUUUCUAUCGAAGUAACAUCUGCAGCCAGCCAGAUCUACUUGCUAUCAGCCUGUCCAUCAUCCCAGCUCGUUUUACCAGAGUGCCACCUCAGGACGUGGAUGCCUGCUACCUGUCAAACCUGGUGAAAUGGUUCGUUGGUACAUUUACAGUGAAUGCAGACCUCUCAACCAAUGAGCGAGAUGAUCUGCAGACGACAUUGGAAAGGAGGUUUGCUAUUUACUCUGCACGGGAUGAUGAAGAGUUGGUACAUAUAUUUUUACUGAUCCUCCGGGCCCUACAGCUCUCGACCCGACUGGUUCUGUCUCUGCAGCCGAUUCCUCUGAAGUUACCCCCAGCAAAGGGAAAGAAAGCUCCAAAGGCGACAUCUGCGGAAGGUGCUGGAGGCUCCUUGGAAACUUGCAGCCCAGUUCUAGAAAGCCAAACCAAACCCAAGACCAGCCAAGGAACCAGAGAAGAGGUCACAUCAUCUAAGGGCCCUGGCCGUCCAAGUGCCAAAGGGAAGAGGAGCAAAGCAGCUACAGUCAGGAAGAAACAGAGAGGGCCCUCCAGCAGGGAAGAAGAGCACAAGGCAGGAGGGCAGCAGGAGGAUACCCAGAGAUGUCGGCAUGGCCGAGAGCGGCAGGUGGCCUCCAGGGUGUCUUAUAAAGAAGAGAGUGGGAGUGACAAGGGUAGUAGCGGUUCUGACUUCGAGCUCUCCAGUGGGGAAGCCCAUCAUUCAUCUGAUGAGGAUUCUGAGCCUGGCCUUCCCAGGCAGAGAUCAAAGGCAGGGUCCAGGAGUGACUCCAGGACCCAGCGUAGAAGGCACCCUAAGCAUCCUGGCUUCCCAGCAGCAUCCACGAGCUCUUCAAGCAGUAAGAGUAAACGAGGCAAGAAAAUCUCCAGUGAUGGUGAGGGGGCAGAAAGAGGGAAAGCAGCUGGUGUAGACCAGUGGCUAGAGGUGUUCUGUGAGCAAGAGGAAAAGUGGGUGUGUGUGGACUGUGUGCAUGGUGUGGUGGGCCAGGCUCUGUCCUGUUACAAGUAUGCCACCAAGCCCAUGACCUAUGUGGUGGGCAUCGACGGUGAUGGCUGGGUCCGGGAUGUUACCCAGAGGUACGAUCCAGACUGGAUGACUGCGACCCGCAAGUGCCGGGUUGAUGCCAAGUGGUGGGCUGAAACCUUGAGACCAUACCAGAGUCCGUUGGUGGAGAGGGAGAAGAAGGAAGACUCAGAGUUCCAGGCAAAGCACCUGGGCCAGCCUUUGCCUACUGUCAUUGGCACAUACAAGAACCACCCUCUGUAUGCGCUGAAGAGGCAUCUGUUGAAAUACGAGGCCAUCUACCCUGAGACAGCUGCGAUUCUUGGCUAUUGUCGUGGAGAAGCUGUCUACUCCAGGGAUUGCGUGCAUACCCUGCACUCCCGGGACACGUGGCUGAAACAGGCCAGAGUGGUGAGGCUGGGAGAAGUGCCCUACAAGAUGGUGAAAGGCUACUCCAACCGGGCCCGGAAGGCCCGCCUUGCCGAGCCCCAGCUGCAGGACCACAACGACCUGGGCCUGUUUGGCGAGUGGCAGACGGAGGAGUACCAGCCGCCUGUGGCUGUGGACGGCAAGGUCCCCCGGAAUGAGUUUGGGAACGUGUACCUCUUCCUGCCCAGCAUGAUGCCCAUUGGCUGCGUCCAGCUCAACCUGCCCAACCUGCACCGUGUGGCCCGCAAGCUGGACAUUGACUGUGUCCAGGCCAUCACCGGCUUCGAUUUCCAUAAAGGCUACUCCCAUCCCAUAACUGAUGGGUACAUUGUCUGCGAGGAAUACAAAGAUGUACUCCUAGCUGCCUGGGAGAAGGAGCAGGCACUCAUUGAGAAGCGGGAGAAGGAGAAAAGAGAGAAACGGGCCCUCGGGAACUGGAAGCUGCUGGUCAGGGGACUACUCAUCAGGGAGAGGCUGAAGCUUCGCUAUGGGGACAAGAGAGAGGAGAGAGCUCUCCAAGGACCUGCCGGAGGUGGGCUGUCUUCUGAUGAGGAGGAGGGGACCAGCUCUCAAGCAGAAGCAUCGAGGAUCCUGGCUGCCUCCUGGCCCCAGAACCGAGAGGCUGAAGAAGAACAGAAGCCAAAGUGCCCUAAGAAGACCAAAAGGGAGAAGGCGGCUUCGGCCUCCCACCUGUUCCCUUUUGAGAGGCUGUGAUGGGAGUGGCCACCUGUUGAACCCCACACCUGCUUUGGGGGACGCGCCGGCCCUGGUGGCUGUGGUAUCUCCUCUGAGAAGGCAGAGAAGCAGUGUGUGCUAUGGACGAGGGCCGGGCACAGAGGGAUUAAGCUGAGGGGGUGUUGUGGGUCUGGUCUGGCCCAGGGCCUUGUUGGAUAGAUGUGGGGUAGGGCUUUCAGAGCUGUCCGUCUCCGCACCCUAUACUUUGAGCUCUGGGACACUUCCCAGGAGACUCCCCCACCACCUCGAUGUUGCUCAGCCCGCCUUUGGAAACAGGAGUCCAUUUUCUUACAGAAACCACUGGGUGAUUUAGAAAUGCACCAGUCCCUUCUUCCAGAUGAGUUCUUCAUCUGUCAGACCCUCAUGCUUUUGCCUCUCCUGCAGCUGGUGGAGCCUUUCUCUCUGGGCCAUGCCUUUUUCUCUCAGCCAGAUGUACUAACACUGCCUAAUGCUGCCUCUUCAUGGGGUAGGGAAAGCAAGUUGGGAAGUAAGGGCAUCUCCAAUUACGGUGGUAGCGGGACCCACUUUUGGAAGUAACAUUUCAGGGUGUCAGAAGACUCAAACCAAGAGCUGAAAUCAGGAAAGGAAACACACUGAGAGUUAAAGAAAUGUUGGUGAAAGUGGAUUAGUGUCAACCAGAUUUUAUCCACCGUGGAUAAGUUUAUAAAAGCUCUAUGCAUUGUAGAUAUUCAGGAGAAAUAACUUUUGUAACAUUUUGAGGAAAAAAAUAAAACAUUUACCUAAAAA